UAUCGAGUCCAGCAGAGACCGCGGCUUCCCGGUAUCGCUGCGUUUCAUCCUCCUAGUUCAGCAAUUGUCCGAAACUGGACAUAGCCACGGGGUGUAGGAAAAGGAAGCGUUUCUUUAGAGAUGAGGAGAACAACGCAAGCCGCUUGAAAGUUUGGGUGACUGCACAUCCAGCGGGGUUUGUCAGGAAGAUUAAUCCUUGAUCUGGAGGAGGAGAGAAGGACGACUGGUCGAGCCGAGCAUCAUCGUAACAUCCUCUUCCAAUACGACGCGCAAAAAACGAGGAAUAUCUUUUAAGACUUUAUAACAACUGUCUUUUAUAACCUUAAUGCUCACCGUUUACUCUUUAUAAAUUACUAUUUGCGGUUGAAAUACUCGUUACGCAUCUCUUAUGCUCCCGCAUCCCCACGAGGCGAAUACACGGCGCAGGCGUUCACCUGAAAUUUAUAUUGUAGUAAACACAGAGUGUCUCUCUGUAUGUUCUAGUAUUGCCUUAAAUAUGUCCGUUGUUCAUUAUCCAUGAUAAAUACUUCAUCUCAGCUUGGUCUUGAUAACAAUUACAUCACAUUAAUAUCGCAAAUUGUGCUCGAGAAUCCAUUUUGAAGGGCCUCAUCCUUGUGGACGCUUUGGAACAACUCGACGCGUCUCUUUAUACGGGAAUAAGGGCGUUUGAAUCCGCGAGAGAAGGAAGAUGUCGGGUCAGACUUUGACGGACCGCAUCGCCGCGGCGCAGUACAGCCUCACGGGAUCCGAAGUGGCUCGUGCAGUGUGUAAGGCGACCACGCAUGAGGUGAUGGGACCUAAAAAGAAACAUCUCGAAUACUUGAUCCAGGCAACCCAAGAGUCCAAUGUCAAUAUUCCCCAGAUGGCUGAUACCCUGUUUGAGAGAGCAGGAAAUGCCAGCUGGAUUGUGGUCUUCAAGGCUUUGGUCACCACUCACCACCUGAUGGUUCAUGGCAAUGAGAGGUUCAUCCAGUACCUGGCCUCCAGGAACACCCUAUUCAAUCUUAGUAAUUUUUUGGACAAAACUGGCUCUCAUGGUUACGACAUGUCAACGUUUAUCAGACGGUACAGCAGGUAUCUGAACGAGAAGGCGUUUGCCUACAGACAGAUGGCUUUUGACUUUGGCCGAGUGAAGAAAGGUGCCGAUGGUGUGAUGAGAACAAUGUCUACAGACAAGCUCUUGAAAGGCAUGCCCACGCUGCAGAGUCAGAUCGAUGCGCUGCUGGAGUUUGAUGUUUAUCCAAAAGAUCUUGUCAAUGGGGUGAUCAACGCUGCCUUCCUGUUGCUUUUUAAGGAUCUGAUCAAGUUGUACGCCUGCUACAAUGAUGGCAUCAUUAAUCUCUUAGAGAAAUUUUUCCAGAUGAAGAAAGGACAAUGCAAAGACGCACUGGAAAUCUAUAAAAGAUUUUUGACACGAAUGACCAGAGUCUCAGAGUUCCUCAAAAUUGCUGAGCAAGUGGGAAUUGACAAAAACGACAUUCCUGAACUUACACAGAAAGCAUCCUUGAAAUGUCCUUGCUGUAGAAGCAUCACUCUGUUGUCUUUUUCUCUCUACAGCAGCGGCUUUAAUGAUCUAGUGGAUUUUGAUCUGUUGGCUCCAACUUCAGGGGCUUCAGCGGCUCCCACAGCAUCAUGGGGAGAUCUGCUUGGUGAGGACUCUCUGGCUGCUCCUGCCGCUGCUGCCGCUAGCUCUGAAGCACCCCUCUCUGAGGCUGCAGCCUCUGCUACCGAACCUGCAGCUGACGCCAUCGCUACCCCGGCCGCUGCCUCACUGCCAGUGCCUGCCACCAUCUCAGACAUGGACCUGUUUGGAGACGCGUUUGCGCCCUCCCCAGGCGAUGGUCCGAGCGAGGGUGUGGCCCCUGCAGCUGCUGCCGAUGCAUGUGCCGGAUCUGACCCCUGGGCUCCAUCCGAGGGGAGUGCAAGCAUUGCCCCAGAGCUGGACCUCUUUGCCAUGAAGCCGGUAGAGAGUGUCGCUACCGCAGCGUCUCCUACCAGUGCCGAGCCGAGCAUCUCGCCAACAGUGGCCCCAGCUACCCCUUCUCCUCCCACCGCUACUGCCACUACCAUCGCCGCCACUACCACAACCACAUCCGCUACAGCUGAGUCUGCGGCCCCGCCAACACUAGACCUCUUUAGUGAUAUGUUUGAUUCUAUGCCUGAGCAAAGCUCCUCCACAGAGCCCAAAGCAACCACUCCUAGUGUAGACCUUUUUGGUGCAGAUCUUCCCGCUGUCUCACGCGGGCCCUCACCUUUGCCUGAGGCCAGUGUGACUGGUGACCUCUUGUCUGAUUCAUUUGUUGCUCCAGUGGCUCCUACACCUGCUGCUCCAGCUGCUCCUGUCUCUCCUCCUAAAGCCGAACCUAGACCUGUGCUGGACCUCCUUGACACAUUUGGUGACACUACUGGGGAGACCCAGUCCGCUGCUCCCGAAGCACCAUCAGGUGACCUUCUUGGAGGGUUGAUUUCACCGGUCGCCCUCACAGUUACACCAACCCCAGCACCAGUGCCAUCCUCGGCCCCAGCUGAACUGCUGGAGUCAGCUUUUGAUGCCUUUGGCUCUGUGCCGGUAUCCACCACACCAGUGGCGGCAGACAGCGCCCCUGCUACCGCAGCGCCCUCUGGUGGCUUUGAUGCAUCAGUGUUUGAUGGAUUAGGAGACCUUCUAAUGCCAGCCAUAACGCCUCAGAGCACAGGCGGGACCCCCAUGGCUGCAGUGAGCACGCCGUUGGCACCUGAAAUUGUGCCCACCGUUAGACCGACAAUGGCUCCGGCCAUGGCACCAGCAAUGGCCCCAACAAUGGCACCCGCAGCAGCUGCCCAACCAAUCAAACCUAUUGGAGGAGACUUGGACUCUUCACUUGCCAAUUUAGUCGGAAACUUGGGGGUGGGAAACCAAAAGAAGGACAACCAGUGGAAUGAGAAGAAGCUAACAGGAGGAGCUAACUGGACCCCUCAGUUCGCCCCUACUAGCUGGGGCACACCUGGCGCUCAGAUGUCUAGCUCCGCCCCUGCCGCCCCACCUGGACCAAUGGCAGCAACCUUGGGAGCACAGCCUGGCUUUAGCAUGGCUCCAGCAGCAGGAGCUCCCAUGAUGCCCCAGCCUGUGAUGAUGGGUCAGCCCAUGAUGAGACCUCCAUUUACAGGGCCAGCAGCGACAGGAACACCUGGAGCACCAUUGUCUCCAGGGCCAGCUGCUCAGAGCCCCAAAAAACCUCCCACCAAGGACCCCCUUGCAGAUCUGAACAUCAAGGACUUCUUAUAAUUUUCUAGUAUUUGUUUUCUCAAAGACUGAGCUCCAGUGAGAGAAGUCUGCUGUCUAUUUACACCCCCAGACACCUGAGAAGCCUGCAGCUAGAUAUCCACUGACCCCGCCCCCAGCCCAAACCCUGCCCAGUCUGCCCCACCCAGCCUUCCUGUGUCAUGUUGUAGCACAAACUGUGAACUGAAUCAUAGAGAAAACAAACCGAAAAAUGAAGAUGUGCUUAUUUCGAUGUUAUCCUUUGUUUUGAACAAAACAGAAUAAAAUUAUUUAAAACACACACACAAAUGAAAAUUAACAAUUUAAAAAAGAUACGUAUGUCUUUUCCAGUGUUUAAGUCUGAAAUGAAUGAUGUGUGUAUGUGGAUCCCCUCAACUUCUCAUUCCUCUAGGACUUCCCUUUUGGGGUCAGAGGUCCUAAACAUGUUGUUGAAGCACUUUCUGUUGUAUGUUAGUUUUGGAGCAGUGUGCAAUGUAUCAUGAUUUGCAGAAGGUACUCUGUGUAUAUUAUCCUCAUUGACCAAAAAAGGUCUCUCCUCUGCUCAAAUUUUUAUCUGUGUACAACUUAUUGAUGUGAACCUGGUACUCGGAUUAUAAGACAUGCUGUUGUCAUCUCCCAUCAUUGAUUGAUAUGUGUUUGUUUACAAAUAAUAAAUAUAUAAAUUCUAAAUAUAUAUGAAUUAUGUAUAAAUUAAUAACAUCCAGGCUCCUCUAUCCUAGAUAACCCCCAUUUUUGUAUAUUAACUGGUAUUUAUUUUUCUGAUAUAUACAUAUAUUUUUUGAUUCUUUAGUUUAAACUUUGUUUUAAUUUCAUUGUCAGUUCACGGUUUACAUACUUUCCCCAAGACCAUAACCUCAGAAAAUUUGGAUUUUUAAUUCACCAAAUCUCAGUGCUACAAAUUACAGAUAAUCUCUAAGAAAGGCCAGAAUCUUUGCAGAAUCUUGAAGUAACAAAUGUACAGUGACCCCCCAAAAAAAAGCCCCCAAGAUUUCACAGUUGUAGUCUGUGGAAUGUUGUGUUUAAGUCUCAGUUACUUGUGCUUGUAUGAAAUCCUAAUUGAAGCUGGUACGUGUAGUGUUAUUUUGUAUAAUUGUAGAAGAACCCAUCCACAUGUUUGGUUCUCAGUCUUUCCCACUCAUACUACAUUAUAAACCCUGGCCCUUGUUUGUUACAUGUAACGGUUGAUUCAUGCUCCCUCUGGUGAGUGGUGGUACUGUAGUUUGCACAGCAAAGCAAGAGCUUGGAGGAGAUAUAUUAGAUGAAAAUACCUACAUAGAGUUCAUAGAAAACAGAGCGUAGGUUCAUUAGCAGAGAUGGACUCUUAGAUCUGUACAAUUUUUCAGGAGGUCACUGUUAAACAGUGUUACAGAAAGGUCUGACUGACAGCCCUGUAUAGCCAAGCCUCUGUAACUCGCUCUCCCUGUUAGAUCUCUCGUGGAAAUGACAAAGACAGAUCUUUGGAUCUCUCUUUUACAAUUCUCUUGAAAGAAAAAAAAAUUGAUUUAUUGAUUCAUAUUUGACACCCCUACAUAGUGCAUGUAAGCCCUAUGAGAUGCAAUAAACACUGAUGGGAA